AUGGAGCGGCUUGGCUUUCCGAGAGGCUUCCGCACUGACGAGUGCCUUACAGUCGGCGGCGGCGGCUUCGGCGGCUCGUCGUUCGGAUCGUCCGGCUUCGGCGGCGGCGGCGGCGUGCAGCUCGACUCUUACGCCGCCCCCAUCGGCGGCGGCGGCGGCGGAUCCUCCGGCGGCGGCUCGUACGGCGCCCCGCCCCCGCAGUACGGGCCGCCCUCGCAGGCCCCCGUCGUGCACAAGCACGUGUACGUCCACGUGCCGCCACCAGAGCCCGCCUACUACCCGGCCAGGAGGCCCCAGGCGCCGCUGCCCCCGCCCCAGAAGCACUACAAGAUCGUCUUCAUCAAGGCGCCCACCCCGCCGCCGCCGACCGCGCCCACCAUCGAGCUGCCGCCCCAGGACGAGCAGAAGACGCUCAUCUACGUGCUGGUCAAGAAGCCCGAGGAGCAGCCCGAAAUCAACAUCCCCACCCAGCCGCCCACCAAGCCGUCCAAGCCCGAGGUGUACUUCAUCCGGUACAAGACCCAGAAACAGGAGGGCUACCCCAAUUCGAUCAGCUCGUCGUACGGCGCCCCCGCCUCCGGCUCAGGACCGUCCGCCCCCGGCGACAGCUACGGCGCCCCCGGCCCCGCGCCCGCCGCCCCCUCUGGCUCGUACGGCGCCCCGUCGGGCUCCGGUAGCUAUUAGCUGCUAGCCCCAGUCGGGCAGAUUAGCGCUCCGGACCCCAACCAUGAUGAUCCGGGCGUCCUCUUCCGGGUGUCGGAGUCGGCCGGCCCAUCCGGAUGACCCCGGCACAAACCGAGGGCGCCGAAGCACGUCGUCGUCGUCGUCGUCGUCAUGACCCGGAGCGCGUCAAGCGCGUGAUCUCUACCAGGUGCCGUGUCCAAAUAAGGGGGUUCCGGGGCGGCGCGCGGCAUGCCGCCAGCUCCCUUGCGUCAUCGGCCGGCUCGGCCCCGGGGAAGUCCCAGGUCCGGGGUCCAGGCGACCUGUGGGCGAGGGUGGCCGCAGGCUGCA